UAAUAGACAAAAAGAACUAGAAGAACAAAAAUCAAAGAUUUAGUUCACUAGUUCAGUUUAAAGACCCGGUUAAUUGAACAAGUUAAGAACGAAACCAUGAAACGAUUAGAACAUGUAACGAAACGCCCCAACCCUAACUAUCAUGGCAACACUGACAAACAGAUGAUUUGAAAGCUGUCAACGCAGUUUUUUUUAUUGUAGACAAAAUUGUCAAAACUGCACCUGUACGUUGAAUAAAUUUUAUUCUUGUCAAUCUUCAUUACAAAAUCAUUUUCUUAAAUAAAAACAAGUAUGUUUUCAUUAACUUCCUCCAUGAGAACUUGGCUUGUCCGACAACAAAGUGUUGACACAAUACGAAAACUGCACAUCACCGCUGUUUGUGAAGCCGCUCGUAAGGGCACUAGAGAGAAGGCACGCAAGAAGAAAGUAAAAGUGGAGGUUAAGAAGGUGGGGUUUAUACCACAUAACCAACGGGAUAAGAAAGUCAACUUGCAACGAGAAAAUUUACAUUUUGACGAUUCCUGGAAGCAAGUGCCUCAAGAUAAUGUUUUUAUAUUAAAAUAUUACCGCUGGCCUAUAUAUACUGUGGCGGAAGCCAUUCAAUGUCACCGUGAAACCCAUCAUACUAGUAUGUAUAACGAACCGAAUGCUCAGCUCAAUGUGCAUAUUGAAUUGGACAUGCGAGCAGAGAAGAAAAAUCGUUUCGUGGAUAACUUCCAACGUAUGGCUAUGAUUCCACAUAAGUUUGAACAUGGGGAGGAGCGUAAAAUUCUCGUUUUUGCUAAAGGCAAUGAGCAAAUCAGCGAAGCACGUGAAGCAGGUGCUUCACUUGUGGGCGGCAUUGAGCUUAUAAAAGAUAUAACAAACGGAGAACUUUUGCUAACCGAUUAUCAAUACGUGAUAGCACAUCCUAAUAUUUUACCGGAGUUAGUGGCUUUGCGCGGCUUGAUGAAACGUAAAUUUCCAAAUCCGCGAAGCGAAACGCUGGGCACUAAUCUAGCUGAAAUGAUUGAGCGUUUCUCAAAUGGCAUUAGUUAUUCUGCCACAAAGGACGAGCACCAACAGGAUUUCGGGUUGAUUUCAACCAGUGUUGGUACAUUAGAAAUGGCAACCGAACAGUUGGAAGAGAACUUGCGGUCUUUACUACAAGAUGUGGAUUCUGUACGUCCGAAGCGUGAGGGUGAGCGAUUCAUAAAGCGUGUUCUGCUUAAGAGUCCACCGAGUAGCGAACGUCUUAAAAUCGAUGCUUUCCGAUAUGUUCCCGAGUUUUAUACGAAGACAUCUACGAAAGCAAAUGAAGCCGAGAAUUUGGAGGAAGAUAUUGAAAAGCAAAAGGCCGUUGUAGCACAAUGAAUGAAUGUCAGUGUAAAAAUUAGUGGAGCCAAAGUUAAAUUUAUUAAAUGUUAAUAAAAUCAGAGUAAUAAAAGCAAUCCAUUACACGCAAGCUAUUUAA